GUUCAUUCGCUGCAGCUUCUCACAAGCGUCGGGCGAGGACGAUCAGCGAGGCGCUGAUCUGAAAAGUCUCGUCCAGACUAAGAUCGAGGCUGACACCGACGGUGUUUGGGGGUUUGCGCCACGCCUGCUGGCAAUUCCAAAUCAUGGAGAUCUCGCGUCUAGGAAAUUGGAAUUGUCGCAUAGGAUCACUUCAUCGUGACAACUGCCUAAAGAUUUGAAAUAGAAGAUACAAAAUGCAAAUGGCAAGCUAUUUAUCACUGCGUCUCCCCAUGGAGCAAAAGGAUAGAUUUUUUCUUCGCAUCUUCAUCAGACUUGCUUCGCCGGCUCUACCAGCGAGGACGCCCAGAUUCACCACCCCUACUACGGAGUAGCUCCUAUACCUUUAUUUUCUUGUCUUUUUGCUUUUCUUGUCUAAUACUUGGAGAAGAUGGGACUCUGGGAACGAUCUUCGGCGAUGCCCGGGCCAGGAGCUCGCAGUCCAAGCAGUGCCAGUCCUGAGGCUCACCCUGUAUACACCGACUUGUUGACCUUUUGCUUCGACGGCCCCAACCAGUAUGACCAGCGACGACCGAUCUUCAUAGACGCCCAAGACCCCUCGCGUUCACUCGAUGCCAGUCAGUUUCGGCUGCUGGUCAGAACACUCAUAGCCGGACUCAAGGCCCAUCAUGUGCAGCGCGGAGACUGCGUAUUGGUCCAUUUGGGAAAUUCUAUCAUAUACCCCGCACUGUUUUUCGCUAUCAUCGGCGCUGGCGGUGUGUUCAUGGGCUCCAAUUCUCGCAGCCAACCUCAAGAACUCGAGCAUAUCCUGCAAUUGGCAGAUCCGAAGCUGAUCAUUACGUCGCGCGAUGCUCUCCCCAACGUUCUCAGCGUCUCCGCCGCCCGUGGAAUGCUCUCGAGCCAGGUGUGUUUGCUGGAUGAAUACGCUCCCCACCAUAUCGCCCAAUUGCUGUUGUCGGGCCCGCUGGCCUUGAUUCCUGACAACGACGCCGUGUAUCUGAAUUUCGCGCAACUGCUCAGCUAUGGGGAGAACGACUGGGUGCGGUUCAAUGACCCGGCGAUCGCAAAGUCGACGCCGGCCGCCAUGUUCUCCACCAGUGGGACGGGCGGCCUGCCCAAGGGAGCCCUGCUUUCGCAUCACGCAAUCGUAUCUCAUCACCUCAGUAUCAACUAUGAUGUCCCCUACGUAGUUACUCGGCUCAUCUCCCUGCCCAUGUUCCAUCUGUUCGGGUCGCUCUGGACGCACAUCUUCCCCAUCCGCUACGGCCAGCCGCUCUUCGUCCUGCCGCGCUUCGAGCUGACUCAGUAUGUCGCCGCCAUCUACCACUACCAGAUCACGGAGACCUACAUGGUCCCCGCCAUGAUCCACGUUUUCAAUCGCAGUGCUCCCCCGAUCGCAGAUUACAUGGGGACGCUGCGGUACGUCGGCGUCGCGGGUGCGCCCAUUGACGGCCCUUCAAUGGAGCAAUUCCAGCGACUGCUGCACCCACAUGCUCGCGCGACUCAGCUCUGGGGCAUGACCGAGGUUGGGGUCGUGUUUCAGACGCGAUACGGCGAGCAUGGGAACCCUGGAAGUAUCGGACGUCUGUUACCUGGAUACGAGGUGCGACUGGUCGGGGAGUCUCGACCCGGGGAGCUGUAUGUGCGCGGGGCGGGGGUGCUGAUGAGCUACAAGGGCCGCAACGACGCCAAAGAUGCAUAUGGCUGGUUCCGGACGGGUGAUGUGGCCUAUGUCCAGAACGGGCAGUACUUUAUCGUUGGACGGACCAAGGAACUCAUCAAAGUGCGAGGAUGGCAAGUUGCCCCCGCUGAACUCGAAGCGGUUCUCCUCAAACACCCCGGCAUCGAAGACGCCGCCGUCACAGGCGUCACCUCCAAAGACGGCAGCACCGAAUUGCCCCGCGCCUUCGUGGUGAGGGCCAAGGGACCGGCUGCAAAUCGGCUGACGGCGGAAGAAGUCUACCAGUUUGCGCGCCGCCAACUGGCCAGCUACAAGGCGCUAGACGGGGGGAUAGUCUUUGUGGAGGAAAUCCCCCGCACGGCCAGCGGGAAAAUCCAGCGCUUCAAGCUCUCACAGAUGAACACGUACCGCGACAUGGUAUCCAGUCUGCUGGCGCGGUUCAAGGGAGCCGCUAGUGGACUGGGGGGUUGGGGUUGGUGCACAAGGGCCGGCUACGGUCAACAGGCGUGGGCAUAA